UUCAACGUGUUCCUGGGUGAGGACGGGGUGGCUGGGGCCUCGCCGGCAGCACAGAAGCUCUGCAUGGACCCAGUGGGGCAACAAGUAGCCAGACUGAUCCCCCUCCUUUUCCUCCUGCUCCCCAGGCAGGGUGCUGAAGCUUGCAGUACCAGUGGGUGCUGUUUUCAGGACCCGCCAUAUCCAGAUGCAGACUCAGGAUUUUCUCCAGGCUCAGCUUCAGGCCCCAGGGACCUGACCUGCUACCGGACAUUCAGCAGCGCUGGUUAUGAAUGCUCCUGGGAGUAUGAGGGCCCCACAGCUGGGGUCAGCCAUUUCCUGAGGUGCUGCCUCAGGCCUGGGCGCUGUUGCUACUUUGCCGCAGGCUCGGCCACCAAGCUGCAGUUCUCUGACCAGGAUGGCAUAUCUGUUCUCCAUGCUGUCACGCUCUGGGUGGAAUCCCGGGCCGCCAACCGGACGGAGAAGUCCCCCAAGGUUACCCUGAAGCUCUACAGCUCAGUUAAAUACGACCCUCCCCCAGGAGACAUCAAGGUGUCCAAGUCAGCAGGUCAGCUGCGCAUGGAGUGGGAGACCCCAGCCCGCCAGGAUGGUGCUGAGGUGCAGUUCCGGCACCGGACACCUGGCAGCCCGUGGAAGUUGGGUGACUGUGGACAUCAGGAGGACACUGGCUUCGAGUCAUGCCUCUGCCCCCUGGAGAUGGACGCAGCGCAGGAAUUUCAGCUGCGGAGGCGGCUGGGGCCAGGGAUCCCAGGAGGUCCCUGGAGCAGCUGGAGCAGCCCCGUGUGCAUCCCCCCUGAAACCCCUCCACGGGCUGAGGUGAGUUUCUCAGUGGAGCAGUUUCGCCCAGAUGGGAGAAGGCAGGUGACCUUGCAUGAGCAGCUGCCCCAGCUUGAUCUUCCAGAAGGCUGCCUCGGGUCUGACUCUGGUGUGGAGGUGACCUACCAUGUCCACCUGCACAUGCUGUCCUGCCCGUGUAAGGCCAAGGCUACGAGGAUUCUGCGCCUGAGGAAAAAGCUCAUCCUCUCGGGCGCUGCCUAUGACCUGGCUGUCGUUGCCCGGAAUCGCUUUGGCUUUGGUCCCAACCAGACAUGGCACAUUCCUGCCUACACCCACUCAGAACCAGGGGCUCUGAAUAUCAGUGAUGGAGCCAAUGGGACCACCAUGCAUUGGCCAGCCCGGGCCCAGGGCAUGACGUACUGCAUUGAGUGGCAGCCCCAGGGCCAGGACAAGAGUCUUGUCACCUGCACCCUGACGGCACCUCAGGACGGGGACCCUGCUGGAAUGGCAACUCACAGUUGGAGCCAAACAUCUGGGGCCAUGGGGCAGAAGGUGUGUUAUCGCAUCACCAUCUUUGCCUCUGCACACCCAGAGAAGCCCACCUCGUGGUCUACAGUCUUGUCCACCUACCACUUUGGGGGUAAUGCCUCAGGGGCCGGGAGCCCACAGCAUGUAUUGGUGAAGAAACUCAGCCAGGAUUCGGUGUCUGUGGGCUGGACGCCAUCUCUGCUGAGCACCUGCCCCGGCGUCCUGACGGGGUACGUUGUGCGCUACCAGGAUGAAGACAGCAACCAAGUAUCUGAGCUGCUGGUUAAACCCACAGAGACUCAGGUCACCCUCCAAGGCCUGCAGGCUGGCACAGCCUACACGGUGCAGGUUCGAGCAGACACAGUGAGGUGGCAGGGCGUCUGGAGCCAGCCACAGCGCUUCAGCAUCGAAGUCCAGGUUUCUGAGUUUCCUGACUUGUCCAUCCUCCUUGCAUCUUUGGGGAGCUUCGUGAGCAUCCUUCUUCUGGGAGUCUUUGGGUACCUCGGCUUGAACAGGGUGAUAAGGCACCUGUGCCCACCCCUGCCCACACCUUGUGCCAGCACUGCUGUUGAGUUCUCUGGCAGCCAGGGGAAGCAGGUUUGGCAGUGGACUAGCCUGGCAGACUUUCCGGAGGAGGUGUCCCCUCAAGAGGCCCUGGUGGUGAACAUGUCCUGGGACAAAGGUGAAGGGGCUGACCUGAACAUACCCGAGCCCCUCAAGGAGAAGACAGAGCUGCCUCUGGGUGCCCCUGCACUGGACCUGGACCUGGAGCUGCCCUUGGAGGACAGGAGACAAGUGCAAAGAUGCCCCAAGGCUGGGGCUCUGGGGCCUGGCCAGCAGGAUGGUCUGGAGGGCAGCCCUGCCCAGGUGGCUGGACUCUCACUGCUCCUGAGAGACCUAAGGCAGACCCCCAGGUUUGGUUCCCAAGGAGAAACAGAGAGGAGGUCUUACAGAGAGGAAGACUGAUGAUCGCAAUCACGACGGCUGGUUAUUAAGUGCUUAUUACGUAGUCAGCCUGUUCCGUCCAGACACUUGCGUGAUGCUCUGAAUUCCCAUAACCUCCUGGAGGUACAUGGCUGUCCUAUUUACCUAUUUCUCUGAGCCUCAGUGAGGCUCACAGAGGGCAAGUGGCUCGCCUGUGGCCACAUAGCAUGGGUAGGAGUCAAACCCAGACGGAGUGACUUGGACUCCAUUCCCACUCCCUGGGCUCUGGGGCCACUGCCCCCCACCAACACUCAGUCCAGCCCCUGUUGCCACAUGUCCUGUGGUGGGAACCCUAGAAACCGUCAUGAAAUGAAACGGAAGCUGCUGUCCCAGGACAGAGCCUGACAUCUCUGGGGCAAGACGCUGUCAUUGGCCUCUUGAGGUGGGGUGGGAUAGACUGGGGGGCCCAAAGGGGCUCAGGCUGAUUCCAGGGUCUUGGGCUGGGCAUCCUGUCCCAGAAGCAUUGGAUGGGGAAUCUAGGUGCAGAGUUCCCCGCUACACUGCAGGUUCUCCAGACUUAGAGGAUCUAGCUGUGGGGAAAAGAAUGAGGCUUUAAGCAUUCUGAGAGAGGCGAUGGCUCCUCUCUGGCCUCAGUUUUCUCCCCUGAAAAAUUGGGAUGAUAAUAAUGUUGACCUCACAGAGUUGCUGAGGGUGGAAUUGUGUCUAAAGGUUAAUAAAUAGU